UCUUUUUUUAUGCUCUUCUGUUCUUGACUAAUGUGACCCCCACAUUAAUUCCAUUCCGCCGUCUCCCGCAUAAUGGGGCUGUUUCUUUUCUUUCUUUUGUUCUUCUCAGUUCAAGCAGAGGUCGUCUCGCUACCGUCAAAUACAACUAUCCAGAUCCAAUCCACUGGGUUUCGUAUUGAGGGAAGCACUCUGACUGGCCAGAAGCUUGUCCCCUUAGCCGACUCGCUGAUUCAAUCAACCACUGCCCAACUCAAGUCCUUUAAUGUUUCUGGCACUGCCACUCAAGUCAUCCCAAGCAAUUCCCUCAACUUAAAGAGUUCGCAAAUCGCCUGCAUAUCUUGCGACCAGGACGACUACACUGGAAACAUCCGAGUUGACGAGACAAUUGAAUACGUCACUUCUGCUCAAUCCGCUGCAGCCAUUCUGCUAUACAGCAAAACAGCUACCGGCUGCAAUUUCACCUCCGAUGAUCAGACCGCUGCGCGUUAUCCCAAUAUCUUCACAUUCACAACCCGAGGUGGCUAUUCUGCACUACUCGGUGCUUUCGAUCAAUCAACAACUAUCAGCAUCGUCUCAAUGUCGUACCUCUCCAGUGUUCCUUCCGACAGUGAUGCCGGUGGCACGAGUGACAGUCCCAACACUGCGAUGAUCAUCCUGUACAGUAUCACGGGUAUUAUCACCGCUCUGUUCCUGGGUAUUAUCAUCACGGGUGCAGUUCGGGCUCAUCGCCAUCCGGAGCGAUAUGGCCCUCGCCGGAUUGCCGGACGAGUGCGGCAAAGCCGGGCGCGAGGUAUAGCGCGAGCCAUGUUAGACACUAUACCGGUUGUCAAGUUUGAUGACAAAAACGAUGACGUGGAGGCCGCCAAAAGAGACGUUGAGAUGGUGGGCGCUGAGGAUCGUGAACACUCCCAGGCCGAUGGGAACACGGGCGUAUCGACGCCCCACGAGUCUGAAAUGCCAACCCCAGACGAUAACGAGCGCCCCACUCCCACAGCCCCCGAAGCCAAGACCGAGAUGCCUGACACAGGUAACUUCUCGUGUCCGAUUUGCACAGAUGACUUCAUCAAGGGUCAGGACCUACGUGUACUACCCUGCAACCACCAAUUCCACAUGGAAUGCAUUGAUCCAUGGUUGAUGAACGUUUCUGGCACCUGUCCCCUUUGCCGUAUCGACCUCAACCCACCCCAACCUGAAAACUCAGAACAACCUGAAGAAAACACUGAACAACCCGACCAUGCAUCCACAGAGGGUGGUCCAGUCCUAACAACAGAACAGGCCCGUCAGCAAGCCCGUGAACAAGCCCGCCACACGCAUCGCCGUCUAACCAACUACCUUCACGGACCCCUCAACGCCCGACGAAUGCGCGAUGCUACCGUUGAGGAGCGUCUUGCCGCGCUCCGACAUGUCCGUGAAGCAAACCAAGGCGAGGCCGCGCCCGAAGAAGGAUCACGUCGUGGUCUGACCACCCGACUACGCGAUCGCUUCCGUAUCCGAACACGCGCUCACGGUGCCGAGGCUGAGUCUUCCGCUGACGCCGAAAAUGCUGCGCCUUCUCCGGCGGCUCCGGCGCCCGUCCAUCUCACGCCGUCUACUGCAUGA